UGGAAAUCGGGUCUCGUGACGAAUGUAAUUGAGUCUACUAGCCAGCUGAGUAACCGCGUUAUAAACGAGCCCUGCCGAUCUCAAUUAUACCACCCCUGGCUGAAUAAAUGGCCCACAUAUAUAUUAGUCUCUCGAGUCUGCCAUCCUGCGGCCGACAAAUCGACCGCCUUCUCGAACAGAUAAGUGCCUUUAUACGCGGAGAAUGAAUGAGCGGAGGCGCUUGACUACCAUACACCGCAACAAUUACUCAGAGCGCGAAAAAAUCAGGUACUUUGAUCCACAUGUGUUGCGCUUCCAAUCUAGCAAUCGAAACUACUGCCAACCCAAAAGUGAACAGAAAGCAAGAGUUCGGGCGCACAGCCCUGUUCGUCCGGAUUCUGGAUCUAUCUAUCAAAAGUAGACGCG